GUUACUAAGUACAGUCCUUUAUGGUCUGAGAGGUUUCAAUUCGUGUCAGCGGUGAAGUUGGAUUCUGAUGCGACGUGUUCGAACGUAUUGCCGUUUCGUGAUUACGAGGGGCUGAGCAAGUAUUUUGCUGUUGGAGAUUCGACGGGGAGGGUUUAUGUGUUCUUGAGGAAUGGGGAUGUUUUGGUUGACUUUUACACUACUUGUGAUUCGCCCGUUACGGCUAUGGUUUCGUAUUUGUCAGUUAAUAAGAAUGAGAGUGUUGUGGUUACAGGCCAUCAAAAUGGGGUGAUUUUGCGGCAUAGAAUUUAUGAGGGGUCAAACGGUGAAGAUUUGAAUUCACUUGUGAUGGAACAUGUUGGUAAAUUUGAGAGCAUAGGAGGUGGGGAAGACGGGAUGCCGAUAACCAUAUUGGAAGUUCAUCAUGUUGGAAGGAUACGGUAUGUAUUGUCCACUGAUCUCAGUGGCAAGAUAACGGUUUAUAGAGAGAAUGGGACAGUUUAUGGGUCUGCUAUGCCGGCAAGCAGGCCGCUGGCUUUCUUGAAGCAGAGGCUUUUGUUUCUGACUGAAAGUGGCGCAGGGUCCUUGGAUUUAAGGAGCAUGAAGGUUAGGGAAUCAGAAUGUGAAGGAUUCAAUCACUCUCUUGCUCGGAGUUAUGUGUUUGACACCACGGAGCGGUCUAAAGCGUAUGGGUUUACAUCAGAGGGUGAUCUGAUUCAUGUGUUAUUGUUGGGGGAUAUAAUGAACUUCAAGUGCAGGGUUAGAUCCAAGAAGAAAUUUGACAUAGAGGAGCCUCUUACUUUUCAGGCUAUUAAGGGUUAUUUGUUGAUUGUUAAUGAAGAAAAAGUUUUCGUGUUUAAUGUAUCCACUCAGCAUUAUGUUAGGCCUGGUGGCCCUCGGCUUCUAUUUUCUGCCAGUCUGGAGGAUAUAAGAUCUACAUUUCUAAACUAUCAACCCAUGGAUACACACGGUGAGAGGAGAAAGUUAAUACCUUUAAUAGCUAGUGACCGGGAAAAGCUUAUAGUUAUUGGUCUUGGAAGUGGGUAUGUAGGAAUGUAUCGUUCCAGCCUUCCAGUUUUUAAAGGG